UUUUCUGAGUUUCUCUGUCCCACUCCAACUGCUUCUCUCUCAAUGAAGGAGAAGAGGCUCUGUUGAUUCACCUUUUUCCAUUUCUUGAGUUUUCUUCAAGUGACAGUGGAUUGUGAUUCACACAAAGUUCAUAUUUUGAAACUUACCAACUCCAGUGUAAAUAUUUCAACUUAACUCUCUUCUUCCUCUGCCAUGGAAGCUUCUCACCUCUGUCUUUACCAAUCCCUGAGCUCUUCUUGUUCUCAAGAUAUACCUGUUUUUGCUCUUACCCUUUUCACCAUAGACUGUUCUGGCUUGAUCCUUAACCUUCCUUCUCAUUGUCUUGGUGUCACUACAUCUAUUUAACCUCUAUUUGUUCUUGCUUCAAGUAAUCAACUUGCAAAUCUGUAAUUUAUUACCUAUUUAUUGUUUUGAAUCAUUUCUGAGGAGGUUGAGUUUGAGGAUUGAUAUGAAGAUGGGGAUGGUGGUUUUGGCACUGAUUCUGCAGCUGGUGAAGCUCUCUAUCAUUGGUUUUGCUGUGGCAGCUCAAGGACCUGAAGGGUCUCUUAUAUCCCCAUCUCCAGCAUUCUUUCCUGUCAUUCAUCCCAGAGGACCAGGUCCUAUCCAUCAUGGACAGUCAUGGGGAAAAAGUGCUUCAAGCCCUUCAGAAUCAGAUGGGUUUGUUACAUUCCCAUCUCCAGCAACCUUACCUGUGGAUCCUGCCCCCAGUGAAGCACCUGGUCUUUCACAACCAAGAAAUCCAGGGAGAACCAUGGCCCCAAGCUCUCCAGAUGUACCAAAUGGGUCAUUCUUGCACCCUCCAGUUACAUCACCACCUCCUACAUCAGCUCCAUCUCCUCGGAAGAUUAAAGGAAUUGAACCUUCCAUAUCUCAUAGUCCUAGUCCAAGCACCAUAGCAUUAGCACCAUCACAUAAGGUAUUUCCUUCACCGCCUACCGCUGAAAGGAAUGUGCCACCAUCCAUACAACUAAGUCCACCUCAAAGGAUAGCACCUGCUGUGAGGCCUCCUGAAUCCACACCAAUUGCUCCAGGUCCUUUUCCAAUACCUUCUGGCAAUUUCCCAAAAGUUUCACCGGCCAGCCAACCGAUUGAACAUGGAAGUUUGCCUCCUAAAGUUGAUACAAGGAAUGAAAAUAAGUCUCACAACAUAGAGCCAAUUUCACCAGCUCCUUUUACAAUACCCUCUCGCAAUUUUCCGAAAUUUUCACCGGCCAGCCAACCAAUUGAACAUGGAAGUUUGCCUCCUAAGGUUGAUACGAGGAAUGAAAAUAAGUCUCACAAUGUAGAGCCAAUUUCACCAGCUCCAGUUGCAACACCUUCUGCCAAUUUGCCCAAAAUUUCACCAGUAAACCAUCCAACUGAAAAUGGAAGUUUGCCUCCUAAUGCUCAUAGAGAGGGUCCAAAUAAAGGGCAAACGCCGGAGUCCAUUUCACCAGCCCCUGUAUUCAAUAUUCCCAAACAUUCCCCGGUGAGUCAACCAACUAACCAUGGAAGUUUUCCUCCAACUGUUCAUAGAAUGAAUUCCAGUACAGGUCACACAUUGGAGCCAGUUUCACAAGCUCCACUUGCAAUACCUUCUGCAAAUUUUCCAAAAAAUUCACCAGUCAGUCAGCCAACUAUUAAUGGAAGUUUUCCCCCUGAUGUUCAUGAUAGAACUGCAAAUAAGGGACAUACCCAUACCCCAGAGCCAGUUAUGCCAUCUCCAGUUCAAUCACCAACAAGCCCAUUUCCAGUAGAUCCUCCAUUGGCCUACCCUGUCAUACCAGUAGCAUCUCCUUCCAAAUUACCAGAUCCUGUUAUCUCUCGUGCAUUAACUCCUUCUACAAGCUUCAACUGGAAAAAAGGUGGAGAACCAGUUUCUGCCCCUUUGUACAAAACACCGAAGCCACUACCAGCUGCACAUUCCCCUGCGCAUGCUCCUACUGAACAUAAAGCAAGGCAAUUUCAUCAUGCUCCUAAGCCACUUACCUCAUCUCCUAAAUCUCCUCCCAAUGAAGAAGAUCAUUCUCCCUCUUCACCUUCGACCACAUAUUAUAAGCAUCACCAUUCAAGGAAGACAAUCAUCAGCCCAGCUCCUGCAUCAUCAUAUUUGGUUUCUCCUCCCGUUUCAAAACACCAAGGUCAACCAACUCCUCCCUUAUCACCGCCAAAAAGUGGACGAAGGCAUCACGCUCCCCCACCAAUGGACACAGGUUCUUCAGUUUCUCCAUUCAACUUCCCUAUUCAAUCACCACGGAGCCAGGUUUCACCAGCUCCUUCUCCAUCAUUCAAAAUAUUCCCCCAUCCAACCAAAAGUAAGAAAGUUCCAUUUCAUCCUCCAAAAGUCUCUCCUUCUCGGCCUUCUUCCAAGAACAAUAAGAAGCCAAUUCCUCAAGUUCAAGCGUUGCCACCCCCACCUCCCAAUGAAGAUUGUUUAUCAACCGUUUGCUCAGAACCCUAUGUAAACUCUCCACCUGGAGCACCAUGCAGAUGUGUCUGGCCCAUGAAAGUCGGCCUUCGCCUUAGUGUUCCUCUGUAUACCUUCUUCCCUUUGGUUUCAGAGCUUGCUUCUGAAAUUGCCACUGGGGUUUUCAUGACGCAAAGUCAAGUUCGCAUUAUGGGAGCCAAUGAAGCAACCCAGCAACCAGAUAAAACUGAUGCCCUUAUUGAUUUGGUACCACUCGGGGAAGAGUUUGAUAACACUACCGCGUUUUUAACUUCUGAUAGAUUUUGGCAUAAAAAGGUUGCAAUAAAAGCUUCUAACUUUGGGGAUUAUAAAGUGUUAUAUGUGAGCUAUCCAGGUUUACCUCCGUCUCCUCCUUUGCCACCUUCAAGCAUUAACAUGAUAGAUGGUGGUCCAUAUUCAAUUGAUGGCAAUAAUGGUAGGACAAUUAAGCCCCUCGGGGUUGACAUACCGAAGAGGCAGCAAAAAGGUGGACUUAGCAAGGGCGUGAUAGCUAUUAUUGCUCUCUCAGUUUUUCUAGCAGUUGUUUUAUGCUCUGCUGCUGCUUUGGCCGUUUUCAAGUGCAGAGAGCAUGUGAGUCAAUCAACAUUGACACCACCGGUUUUGCCUUCGUCUCUUACUAAAACACCAGGUACCGCCAGGUCAAUAGUUGGAGGUGUGCCUGCUUCAGCUUCAUCAUCUUCAUUUCGAUCUAGCAUUGCUGCUUAUACAGGAUCUGCUAAAACUUUCAGUUUGAAGGAGAUAGAGAAAGCCACUGAUAAUUUUCAUGCUUCCAGAAUACUAGGAGAAGGUGGUUUUGGGCUAGUUUAUGGUGGGAACCUUGAAGAUGGUACAAAAGUAGCAGUCAAGGUUCUCAAAAGGGAAGACCAUCAUGGUGAUCGUGAAUUCUUAUCUGAAGUUGAGAUGCUUAGCCGCCUUCACCAUAGAAAUUUGGUGAAGUUGAUUGGUAUAUGCUCAGAGCUCAGCUCCCGCUGCCUGGUUUAUGAACUCGUUCCAAAUGGCAGCGUGGAAUCCCAUUUACAUGGAGAUGACAGGGAAAGAAGCGCACUUGAUUGGAGUACUCGGAUAAAGAUAGCACUUGGUGCUGCUCGAGGUCUGGCUUACCUGCAUGAAGAUUCAAGUCCUCAUGUCAUACAUAGGGACUUCAAGUCAAGCAAUAUCUUGCUGGAAGAUGAUUUUACACCAAAAGUAUCUGAUUUUGGAUUGGCACGGACAGCAGCUGAUGGGGAGAACAGACAUAUAUCCACACGUGUCAUGGGAACUUUCGGUUAUGUGGCUCCGGAGUACGCAAUGACUGGGCAUCUUCUUGUGAAGAGCGAUGUUUACAGCUAUGGUGUUGUUCUUCUUGAGCUUUUGACAGGAAGAAAACCAAUAGACAUGUCACAACCCCCUGGUCAAGAGAAUCUCGUCGCAUGGGCUCGUCCACUCCUCACAAGUAAAGAAGGAUUAGAAGCAUUAAUUGAUCCAUCUCUAGGAACUGAUGUGCCAUUUGAUAGUGUGGCAAAAGUUGCAGCCAUUGCUUCGAUGUGUGUACAACCAGAGGUAUCAGACCGUCCAUUCAUGGGUGAGGUUGUUCAGGCUUUAAAACUUGUUUGUAAUGAAUGUGAUGAAGCAAAAGAAGCAGGUUCAAGAGGUUCUAGCCGGGAGGAUUUAUCUGUUGAUUCGAUUACUCAUCUAGAUAAUUUCCAAGGCCAUUUCUCAGACACCUACCAUGAUUCCGAAGUUGAUAUUGAAAGAGGGUUGUCAGCAUCAGACUUAUUCAGCUCAUCAGCAAGAUUACGAAGGCAGGCAUCUGGAUCAUUUAGAAUGCAUUCUUAUUCAGGUCCUCUCAGAACUGGAAGAAGCCAGCAGUUGUGGCAGAUAAUUCGAAAGCUUUCUGGUGGUAGUGUCAGUGAACAUGGACCUAUGUUCAAGUCAUGAUCAGGUUCUUACGGAGAGUCAUAGCAUUUUUUGAAUUUUCAUUGUGCAUGUUGCUCUCCCUCGCCUCAAUCUGUUAAUCUGCAGUUCGCAGUUCUGCUUGUGGCAUUGCUCUUCUGCCUGAACCCUUUGGAUUUUGACCAGAGAAUACCAGCAAGUUGUAAAUAGGAUGUGACAUGAGCUAACCUGCAAAAUCAUCUGUAACUGGUACUAACUGUGAAGAGAAGAAGCAAUGUAGGUCUAGCUUGAUAGUAUAAGAUGACUGAAGUUGGGCUUUACCAGGACCUCCAUUUUCAAAUACCACAUACAAAAUAUAGUGCUUGUUUGGAUACAAGGUAGAAACCACGGUGAAGCCAAAAUCAUGAUGGACAGUCACAAACGCUAAGGGAAGUUCAUUCUGUCCACUUUGAUUUUAGCUUACCCUGAUUUUUCACCAAGUAUCCAAACAUGUAGUCUUUGCAGUUGCAUCAUCAAUCAAUAGUAUCCAAACAUGUAGUCUUUGUAGUGUUCUAAUCGUUAGUACACUCACUUGUAUUUAGAGGAUGAUGGUAUGGAAUAUGGUUAAUUGGUUCCAUUCUAUGGGACUUUAUAUAUCAUAAAUACAUUUCUGAGUU